UAUCUGUUUCUCAUCAAAUUUGGAUGGGAAAAUAGGAAUGCAUGUGUCUGCCCUUGCGUGCGCGCCUGUGCACACACAUGCACACACACACGCACCCCCCUGCCCCUUCAGAAAAGAACUCUGAUUGAUUUUUUCAGUAGGCCUCAGCUCCGGCACAGCGCUAAUGAGUCCAAGUCUUUCUUUUGACUGUGAUAUAAAUACAAUGAUUAAAGCUUCAUGAUUAAAGCUGUUCAGGCCCCUGUGGUAAAGGGAGCCUGGUGGUGGUGGUGGUGGGAUUCAGCUGUUCAGUUAUCACAGUGUUAAGUUCUAAGUAUGGUCUUUCUCCUGACAUUUCGCCUUCAGUUUUCAAAAGGAAACAGUUUUGUUCUCAGUACUAAGAUCAGCUUCUUUAAUGAUUAUAGUCUGUGCUGUUCCAUAGUCCUUGUGAUGUGUUGCAGUGCAGUGUAUGUGAAAAAGGUUUGAGAGAGGGAAACUGCAGGAACUUUAGAGCAUGCUGGAUGAAGAACUCCGUUUCUCUCUCAGAUGUUAUUUUGGAUGAUCUCAGAGGAGGCAGGAAACCAUGCAGUGUUAUGACAUACUUUAAGGAGAUUCAGACGACGUAUUUUAAGGAGAUUCAGAAAAAUUACCCAUUUUAUUAAUUUGAAUUUUGGCAGAGAUUUUCUCCAGGGCCUUGCUGAGUUGCUUGCUACAUACAGAGUGUUAGGUUCCUAAGCUCUGUGUAACCUUUAUUUUAAAUGCGCUCCAUCUUACAAAUAUAGUGUGAGAACACAUCUGAAUAUGUGCAAUUGAGAAGGUCCAAAGUUUACAGAUGCUAAAAAGCCAGUGCCAUAUGAAACAUCAAUUGCACGGGAAAGGAUGUGCAGGUACAAUUUGCUUUGUUGUUAAGCGGUUUUACCUUAGUUCUGUUUUUGUCUUGCCAUGCAGUCAUAGCACGCGCUACUUUUUCUGAGAUAAUUUCUCAACCUUUUCCUAAUGUUCUUCUCUUAUUCACUAAGACUUCAGGUAGUUCUUUUCAAACCUCAAUAUUCACUAGGUAUAGUUAAUCACAAUUUCUUGCUGCUAUGUUUUAGUGUUUUUCUGAACAAACUGCCCACUCAGAAUGCUUUUCUGUUCAGCACUGGUGCCGUGCAAGCGUAAUAUAGGAUUUGUAAGCUAAGCAUUUUUUGGAAGCAGAGGGAAUUAUUUUAAAAACGAAAAUGAGGUACUCUUACACACUAGUGGGGCUGGUUUUCUUUGCAUAUUAUGCAUGUGCAGUUGCACAUGCAUGUAAUUUAUAUGCGCUUGCUCCUGCUUUAUGGUGGUAUGAUAGAGGAUCAGGACCUUUAAUUUUAAAACUUUUGUUUGUUUCCUUUAAAAAUUUUGCAGGAAAACUGACCAUGAGGAAUGGUAAAUUCCAGCAAAAGGAGGAGGAGGGAAUUUUUCCCUCUUUGGGCUUUUCCUUUCCUCCUAGGUUGGUUGGUUUGUUUUGGCCCAAAUGCCCCCAACUUCUAUAAAGCAAGAGGUAACAAUGCAAUUCUGUGUUUAAUAUUGUGAGAAUUGUUAUCCCUCUAUCAUCUGAGCGUGUAGUUGUGCCAAUGUUAUGAGCUGUGAGCUCCGUUGUUGCUGACACUGUUUCCUCGUGGUUUAGGUGGUCAGUAUGCUACCAAUGUGACACGGAUUUUACCCCUCUAGGUCAGUAGUCAGAGGUCUGCCAGCAUUAGUGUUGUCUGCUGUUUCUGCUCAGUAGCUGCGUUUACUUCUGAUUCACCGUGCCACCAUCAGCACCACCGCAGGAAUAGGUGACAUCUUUCCUAACUGGCCCACUGGAAAGGAUUGAACGGGUUAGGGAGAAGCAGGAUGGGGAUGGCUGCCUUACACCUUGCACAGACAGACCCCUUCUGAAAAUAGGGACGUGAAGGUGAUAAUUCACCUUUUACAAGAAUCCCCCUGGAACGUCUGUCACAUUUUAGUAGUUGGAUUGAAAUAUGCAGUUAUGUUGUUAAGAAAUAUUAACACAUAAAACAUGGAGUUUCCUUGACCUGUACAGAGAUACAGGCAUACGUCUAUCAAUGACAUUUCCUCUGCAUAUAUUGAAACACUGAACUUCAGGUUAAAUAAUUUUAUAAUAUUAAGUAAAAACAUCUGGAAUCUUUUUAUACCAGAACAUGCAUGCAAACAUAACGGUCUUCUCACUCUUCUCUUAAAGUGACAAGUAAACAAUACUAGUUUUUUCUUUUUCAAUUUACAGCAGAAACUGAGGGAGUGUUUUCCUUUCUAAAAGAUCAGAUUAAAAUAGUAUUUGUAAGGAAAUUUAGGAACGUUCAAGAUUUUUUAGAAAAGCCCCUCUUCCCAAGAAGAAAUAGUUACCUUUACGGGCAUGUUCCAGUUUAAUUUUGCUGUCUUGGUAAGUUACAUACAGCCACUGUAAACCUAUUUUAACUAGACUAAUCCAAAUACUUCAAAUACCAACUGUAGUCAAGAUUGAAGACAAAAGUCGCAACCUAUUUAUUACUUAAUAUGGAAACAUGAGGGCAAUCCUAAUUGAACUAUUUAUAGUAUUUUGAGCUACUUUGGUGAUGCAGUGCAACUGUGUGUAUGUACAUCAGUGUUUUGUGACCCUUGGUUUCAUACAGAUGUGCUACAGAAACACGGAGAACUUAGCUGCCUGCAUUACCAGGACAAUAUAGCACAGCUAGCUUUGCAUCAAGGUAAAUAAGAUCCCUGCAACUUAUUUUGCUUUACUGUUUUAUUCCUUUCCUUAGUAUAAAAUCUGUCUGUGACAUGGACUCAUGGCCCAGUGCGGAAUACAGACACAAAAUUGUACUUUUUCUGUGUUCUAUACGGUACCAAGAACUACUUGUGUAUGAACAUGUUGGAAAAACUGGCACGCCUAUCCUGAGAAAGACGAACCUCUACAACACUGGGCUUGAGAAAGUAGCAAUUAAGAUUCUGGACAAGACAAAGCUAGACCAGAAGACUCAACGCUUGCUAUCCCGUGAGAUAUCCAGCAUGGAAAAACUGCACCACCCAAAUAUCAUUAGACUGUAUGAAGUGGUGGAGACUCUCUCAAAGCUGCACCUUGUGAUGGAGUAUGCAGGAGGCGGGGAGCUCUUCACUAAAAUCAGUACAGAAGGGAAGUUACUAGAAACAGAGUGUAAACUAAUCUUCUCCCAGAUCGUGUCUGCGGUGAAGCACAUGCAUGAGAAUAAUAUCAUUCACCGGGACUUGAAAGCAGAAAAUGUGUUCUAUACCAGUAACACCUGUGUUAAAGUGGGAGACUUUGGAUUCAGCACAAUAAGUACAAGAGAUGAAACUUUAAAUACUUUCUGUGGCUCUCCUCCUUAUGCUGCCCCUGAACUCUUCCGAGACGAAAACUAUGUUGGCAUUUAUGUAGACAUCUGGGCACUAGGAAUCCUGCUAUACUUCAUGAUAACUGGUAUUAUGCCAUUUCGGGCAGAUACAGUGGCCAAACUGAAAAAGUGCAUUCUUGAAGGAACAUACAGUUUGCCCCCUUCCCUCUCAGAAACUUGUCAGAAACUGAUAAAAGGAGUCCUUCAGCCAGUACCAACUGACCGGUACUCUGUCAAACUUAUUAUGAACAGUGAAUGGAUGCAAGGGAUACAGUAUCCUAAACCUUUAGAGCCCUUUAAACUGGAUCCAAAGUAUUUAUCAGAGAUCAGUACGCUCAAAGAGGAAGAAGUUGAAGUGAAAAGUAUUCUGAAAGAUCUGGGAAUCACAGAAGAACACAUUCAAAACAACCGGGGAAAAGAUGCGCGCAGCUCAGUAACGGGUGUCUACAGAAUUGUUUUGCACAGAGUACAAAAGAAAAGGGCACUGGAAAGUGUUCCUAUAAUGUCCAAUCCAGAUCCCAAAGAACAAGACUUUAAGAAAGAAAACAGUUCUUACAGUGGGCUAAAACACACAUCCAAACUGUGUUCAAUUUUAUAAAUUGCACUGGAGGCUUUAUACUCGGCACACUUAACAAAGGGUUUUAUUCAUUUUUCACAAGUUUUGGUGUUAAAUUUUUGUAAUUUUUAAAUAAACCAAAAAUGCCUUAUCAUCUCCUCCGUAUUUUUGAAUUCACACUGAAGUGGCUCAGUUGCAGGGCUCUAAUGGACUUACGUUUGUCCCUUGCUCCAGAGACCUGGCAUAGACAGCGCAAGAAGCGUUCAGGUAAGUAAAACAGGUAAGCGUUCAUUAGUGAAGGCAAUCUUUUAAUAAAGACCGAGUAGUAUUGCACUUUACACUCUUGGGCGGUAUCUCAGUACAGACAUGUAACAGUUAACUUCUUGAAACGUUUUACCUUAGCUUGGCACAACUGGACUACCACAAACCUGGACAGUUUUUGCAGAGAUCUGAGUUUAAGCAGAAACCAGCCCAUGCUCUAACCAACUGCAAUUUUUUCUUAAAAACUUCUCCAGCAAAUUAAACCUGGUUUCAAUUGUCUAUUAGAGCUUCAUUUUUUCAACUUUUAUUUACAGAAACUACAAUGCUGUCUGUCAAACCCAGAAACCAGCUGGACAAUGCGUCCCGAUUUGUCACAAUUCAGAAAAGCUGCCUAGUCAGAUUUAGAUAUGCUGCUUUAACCCUGCAUAUAUGGUUUUAAUUUCUACUGGAAUCAGCUGGGCUACCAUCUACUAACCUUUUAAUUAUUUUUAAGAUGCUGACAGUCUAAGAACCGCUUGGAAUCCAGUCGCACUCCCAAUAAAGAAACAACGAGAUAUUAACUGUACUCUAAAAUUCAUUUCGUUUUUCUUGCUUUAGCACUACGUUAUCAGUAAGCUGAAUGCAACUCGUAAAGGCAUCUGCUUAUAAAUCGAGCGUUCAAGGCUUCUACUAACUUUUGGCAUAAUUGGCAAUCGUGGGCUGGCAUAAAGCUAAUUUUGAUACUCCUGACAACUGCAAGUUAGAUGUUGGAAAGCUUGACCAUUUACACCAAUUGUUCUGAACUUCACCAAAAUGCAGAUAUUCCUACCUUUAGCUUUGAUAAGGUAUUUUAUAUUUUCAUGUGCAGCACCAUUGGCUCAAAUGCAAAUCCUGGAAAGAUACAGUAGCUGUCCUCCUCUGAACAGGCACAGUUGAAAUAUCUAAGCUAAGAGGUAGAGCCUAUGUUGUUUCAGUUAAGGCAAGUAAACUUAUACAGGACGUAGUGAUGUACGAGCUGGUGCUUUCAAAUUUGAAGGAAGGUUUGCUGUAUCUGUUACUGGGGCUGAUGAGAUAUCAGCUGACUUUAAAAGGAACUAAUUAAUGUAAAUUAAUCAGAGCAGCAGAAUGAGAAGCCACCAGUGGGCAUGUAGGCCAACUCAGGCUCAGGUAGGCAUAAAAUAAGAAACAAAUCACUUUCACCACAGUUGUGAAAGGGGGAUUAAAAAAAAAUACCAUCUUUCACAAGACAGUAAUAAGAGGAAUUGUAUCUCAUCAGCUAGGAAUGAAUUAUUCCCCUCUAGAAACAGUUUCUGUCUAAAAGCAUUUAAGAGAUCUGGAAACAUAGCCCUGAAGUACUGGUUUCCCACUAGCCUGAGCAACCCUUUCCGCUUUUAUAAUGGAAUGGUAUUAAGAAAUAAGAUCCAGGAGGUCCACCUCACUUGUGAACCCAGAACUUCAAACUUUCACAGGGCCAGUUUCCUCUUUCUUUCCUGUUAAAGAAAAAAAAAAAUCCUGAAAUCCCAGGUUUCAAAUAUCUCAAACUUUAUUUUAGUAAAGGAUCAGCCUCACAAACAGUGAGGUUCCUGCGGUUAACUUUUUGUGCCAAUAGCUCAGUCCUUGGCUUGUCCACUGCCAGCAAUGGACUUGGUUCCAUGGCAAACUUUUUUUUCCUGGUGCCAAGGUAAGUUUCAUGAGGGCGCCUAAACCCAAAUACUCACAAUGCUAUCUUCAUGCAUCAUUGUUCCAUCACUUUUCAACAGAACAAACAGAUUAGUACCCAGUAAUUCAUAAUAAGCAACUAUUUUACCAAAGCCUGACUGUACAAAUCCAGCAGAAGUUAUCAAAUCCUAGUGAGUGACAGAUCAUACAAACACUUCAUUACACCAAAAAAAUUGUAAUUUAACAGACAAAUCAUUUCUUUUGCUACUUUACAUUAUCUAAUGUAGCUCUGUAGGAUUAGACAAAGAAAGAAAACUCAACAAGACUUUGUUCUGUACAUUAACUCAUAUUUAAAUAUAUAUUACAAGCUUACAAGGCUCAUGUCAUAGUUCAUUUCCAAUCUGGGCUUUAAAAAAAAUCUACCCGAAUGGAUUCCCCAUUAGCAUUGUACAUGUACCACUUGUAAAAUGGCUAGCUUUUAGUUUGCGUGUUGGAAAAAAAA